GACUUCGAAGAAACCGUUUCCAAUGUCUGGUGUCCGGGGUCGCGGUACCGUCCCGAGCCACCCGAGGCCCUCGCCAGAGCGUCUCACUUCACACAGCACGAGAUUAAAUUGAUGUAUCGAGGAUUUAAACAGGAAUGUCCGACGGGCGUGGUGGAUGAAGAAGCCUUCAAGAACAUCUUCUCCCAGUUCUUUCCUCUGGGAGACGCCACGCAGUACGCCCACUUCGUGUUCAACACGGUCAAACACAAGCAGACAGGGAAACUAAACUUCGAGGAGUUCCUCGACACUCUCUCUCGUGUCGCACGCGGUUCUCGUCAGGAGAAGCUCUCCUGGGUGUUCGCUUUGUAUGACGUGGAUGGCGAUGGCCGUAUCUCCCGCAGUGAGAUGCUGGCUGUUGUGCGAGCGGUCUAUGAGCUGCUGGGUCGGGCUGCGGCUCCUCCCAUCCACAAGGCAGCUGCUGAAGAUCACGUGGAUAGGAUCUUUCAUCUUAUGGACACAAACGCGGAUGGCGUGGUGACGCCGGACGAGCUGGCGCGGUGGAUGACGCGUGACCCCGCGCUGCUGCGCUCGCUGGACACGCUGGACACCGUCUUGUGAUCGCGGGAGGAGCGCGACGUGUGCGAGUCGGGCGCUCGCCGCGCUCUCGCCGCCCUCCCCGUCGACACGGACACGCUCGGCACCCGAUCGACCAUCCUAGACGACAGAUCAUCGACGAAAACCUUUGACAAAUCCAGAACGACAUCGAGCACAUCGAUAAACACAUCAAAAACGGACCGGGACAGCGUCGCCGACUCCAAGUCACACCCCGCCAAGUGCAGCGGGCGCGUGGUGGCGAGCGUGCGCGCGCUGCCACGUUCCGAGCCUGUGCCCACAUCUCCACGUGCCGCAUCCCCCCGCCACGCCUCGCCUCGCCACGCUUCACCCCGACACGCUCGCUCAUCCGGCACGCCACCCCCGCCGCCGCCGAGGAACAUAAGGAGACAAGACUCGUCAGCCAGUUCAUCACAGAGUCCGCCACCUGUUCCGGUGCGGAUGGCGAUGACUGUGACGGAUAACACGGCGAGAAAAGCGAAGAGAAAAACCAAUAAGACGCCUCGAUGAGAUGUCGUUUAGUGCUUUGGAUGCUGGGAACAAAAAUCUUAUGCUUGAUUAUUAAGUACUUAAAAAUAUCUAGAUAUUAAACCGAUUUAAUUAACAUUCAAUUACAAAUUGUAUAAACUUAAACUUAAGUGUUAGGGGCGUUUAGAUAAACAGUGCUGUCUGCUUCUUUCGAAUGUCAAAUCGAUUAUGUCAAAAAGAGACGUCGGUGUUUAAAGCGUGGAUAUAAAAAUGGGCUCGUUUGAGUUUCGUUUGAACAUAUUUUCGUAAUUAUUCCCUUUUUGUUUGUAAACUAUCCAUCAGAAGUUUUGUUUAUUGUUUCAGUACUAACAUGAUCAUAUAAAAUAUAAUACUACGGGAACCUUCUGCUUAUUUAAACAAUAUAUCUAUCUAAUAUUUUUACUUAAGUGCAGAUCGCGAUGCAAACCAGACCUUUACAGGCCUGUUACACUUAUCUUUGCAAACACACGUCACAGGGUGUGAGAGCGCGCGGUAUAAUCACUAACCAAUAGCUAACUAAGUAAAGAAACAGACAGUAAAUGUCCCACAACUGGGUUUCUCUUUUUUGAGAAGGUUUGGAGUCGACUCCACCUCGCUGCCCCAAUACGUAAUCGACGUCUAUAAAGCCAAUCGUAUUAAAUAGAAUAUUGGAACAAUAAUGGAAUAAUUCCAAUUUUAAAAUGACUUAUAAACGUACGAUAACAUGUAAAUUUAAAUCCUAAGCCAAAGAGACGCACAUGUGAUGGACGCCUGUGAAAAUACGUUAUUUAUUAUAUAGCUGCGCUUCGCAGUUUCACUCGCUUUAAGUGAAGACUAUGACGUCACAAAAGUGAUCAUGUUCUCGUAAAUUCAUUCGUGAUUCUAGUAAAUUAUAUUUAAAUAUAAAUGCCAAGAACGUCCAGCUUUCCCAGAAUAAACUAGCGUACACAAUUUGUAAUUAAAUGGACUACAUUCUACGAUAUUGCAACUUAUUAUUGAACUGCAAAGCUAUUUCUGUACUUACCUAAUAACGCCACGGCAGGAUUUAGGGGUAAGAAAAAUUUGGCCCCUGAUUACAACGACACGUUUUUUCUUUGGAAAUUUUGCUAGAUAACUUAGAUUCCGACUUUGUUGUCUCUGACUGAAUAUGGCCUUUUCUGUCUUCCGCGUAGAAUGUUUUUUAAGAAGCCGAAGACGCGGAACGUAAGCCGUAGCACCGAAGGUAGUAGUUUUUAAUUUGUUGAUUAACAA